AAAAAUGAUCAUAUUUUCAAAUUAAAAAUUUGAAUAAAUCCAGAUACAUAUUAGUCGUUUGUAAUUUAGACGCAAAUCUUUGGGGAAAACAGAACUUAUGUAUGUAUGUACUUUCUAGGUUAGCAAAUUAUUAUUUGAAAACAGCUAUUUCUUGAUUCCAAGUAUGACUACAACAAUACGAGUGCAAAAAAAGAAAAAUAAACAAUGAUAGAUUGUAAUUUUAUUUCGUAGAAAUAUUCGACACAACAUUAUGUCUUAUACUUAUCGAUUCAUCGUUUAAUACGUUAUAGUAAUUUGUGUCAUGUGCGACUUAUUCGAUUGUUAACAAAUCAACCUGAUCGAUUUAACUCAUUUCUACGCAGUAACUAUUUACAUAUAUAGCUACAUAGUUACGAUUUUCAAGCAGACAUUUUAUAUUUUAUGAUGCAAGCUGCAAUAUUUUUAUUUUACGUGGUUCUAGAAAACCAGUAGACGUCUGUAUUUAUAUCUGUGUUACGUUCGAUUUUGGAAAGAAGUAGAAUAUCAAGUACAUAUUUGUCAAGCGAGGCCGAUUCAUAUCGUACGGUGACAUUGCUCGAAUUGUAGAAAGAUAUUUUAAAAAUAUGUAUAAAUAUUUAUCACUGUGCCAAGAAAGAGAAAAGUUUCGUGCUCGGCUUAUUGAUGUAAUAAAGCAGAGAAGAAAGAGAGAAAAAGAAAAAGUGUUUUAUAAGAUUGAUACGUGUAUAGAUGAAAUAGGAGAAGGAGAGGAGGCGGAAAAGAACAUAAUUGUAGAAAAUAACGAUGAUAUUUUACGGUACUACUAUUAUUUGACACAAGGCAUCGAUGAUACUUACGUAGGAUCAAUGGAUGCCGAUCUUUUAAAAAAUAUACUGAAACGUAUCCCAACCAAAUGGAAAGACAAAUUUAAAGAAUCAGUAAAUCGUUUAGUGAAGGAAGUGAAGGAGGGAUACAUAUUGAAUGUGAAGAAGUCAGUUAUAGAAUUCGUUAUCGGAGACUCGAUAUACUCUUCAUUAGGACAGUUUACUGCAUUUGAAAAAAAUGAACAAUUCGAAAGAAUACGAUUUCCGAAAGAACACGAAGUUAACUAUCGAUGGAACAGAGCAAAGCUUGAAAGAAGAAUUAUAUUAUAUCGUCCUGUUGUACGACGAAUUUUCGACUAUUGGUAUCGCGAAUUCAGCAUAGGGAAUGAAUAUCAACGCAUCGUAGAUCGUGCGCUAAGAGUUCCAAUAAAUACCAGGGAAUUGAUUGAUCUUCGAAAAUUUAUAAAUAUCACGGAAACAGAAACUGCUAGUGAACUUGAAAAUCGACUAAAAGAAAUUAUCAAAUAUAUACUUGUUUUAUCAGAUUAUUCCAUCCUAAGUCCUGUUGAGUUGAAAAUCAAUAAUUUUGCUUUUCAAUGGUAUUACAAACUUGCGGAUAUCUUCGAGCAACACCGAGCGAUAGUUAUGAGUAAAAUUGGAGAGUUCCAAAAUAUCCUUAAGAAAAAGAUAGAACAACUUGAACGAGAACUUGAAAUAUAUGCGAAACAUUGCAACGAAUUACAAUAUUGGGGUAACAUCGAGGAAAUAUAUCGAUAUAAGAAGAAAGCUGAUCGCCUGGAGAACAAACUGAUCACCGCGAUGGAUACAAUUGAUGAAUUUAACGAAGAAGAGGAACUAUUUGGUUGGGAACUGUCUCAGUAUCCUUUACGAAAAACAACAGCGGAUAAAUUGGUGCCAUAUAAAAGAUUGUACGAUACGACAUGCGAAUUUUUAACAAACUAUGACACGUGGAUGAAUUCGAUGAUAGGUUCUUAUGAACCAGAGGCGAUCGAAACAGCGACAGCAGUUGCUUACAGAACAAUCUACAAGUUAGAAAAAUCUAUACAAGAACCAAAAGCAAAAAGGCUCGUUGAAACCAUACGAACAAAAAUAGAAGAAUUCAAAGAACACAUGCCUGUAAUUGCUACUCUUGGAAAUCCUUCCCUAAAGAGUCGACACUGGGAACAAAUAUCGGAAAUUGUUGGUUUUCCUAUAAAAGUUGACGAGUCGAUGACGCUUGCCAAAAUCCUCGAUUACGGUUUAGCUGAUUACGUUACAAAAUUCGAAGCAAUAUCGGAAGCAGCAACAAAGGAAGGGAACUUGGAAAGAGCACUCGCUCGAAUGCAUCUUGAUUGGACAGAAAUCGCAUUCGUGGUUAAUCCUUAUCGCGAUACAGGCACCUACGUAAUUGCAAGCAUUGAUGACAUACAAUUACUUUUGGACGAUCACUUGAUUAAGACUCAAACUAUGAAAAAUUCUCUUUACAUCAAACCAUUUGAGAAGGAGACUUUAGAUUGGGAAUCGAAGCUACUCUUGUUACAAAGUAUCAUCGAUCAUUGGUUGCAAGUCCAAGCAAUAUGGAUGUACCUUGAGCCGAUAUUUUCGUCACCUGAUAUUCAGCAGCAAAUGCCAGAGGAAGGACGACGUUUCAGUGCUGUGGAUAAGAUUUGGAGAGAAAUUAUGUCAUCUGUAGCAGCGGAUCCUCGAGUUAUGUCGGUCGUUGAAAUCGACAAAAUGCUUGAACGAUUGAAAAAAUGUAUAAAUUUACUAGAUCUAGUACAAAAAGGACUUACUGCCUAUUUGGAAAAGAAAAGAUUAUAUUUUCCGAGAUUUUUCUUUUUGUCCAACGAUGAACUUUUGGAAAUAUUGUCAGAAACAAAAGAUCCUACCAGAGUACAGCCGCAUCUAAAAAAAUGCUUCGAAGGAAUUGCACAAGUAAACUUCACGGUCGAUUUGGAAAUAACAAUUAUAAAAUCCUCCGAAGGAGAGGAGAUUAUUCUCCAAGACAUUAUCGACACAACGGCAGCUCGUGGUCAGGUUGAAAAGUGGUUACUCGAACUAGAAUCCUCGAUGAAGAAGAGCGUUAAAGCACAGGUGGUGCUAGCAAAGGAUGCGUAUUUAAAGCAAAUCAGAUCAAAAUGGGCAUUAGAAUGGCCUGGUCAGACUAUUCUCUGUAUAAGUAAGCUUUAUUGGACAGCUGAUGUGACGGCAGUGUUGUCUAAGAUGGAUUUGAUGGAUUUGAAGAAGUAUGUCGACAAUUGUACGAACGAAUUGAAUGAAAUAGUUAAACUAGUACGUGGUACAUUGUCAAUGCAAAAUCGUAUAACAUUAGAGGCAUUGGUUACAAUGGAUGUCCAUAGCCGAGAUGUUGUAGCAGAAUUGUACAAAGAACGGGUCAUCACUGCUACUGAUUUCAAGUGGUUGGCUCAAUUGAGGUACUAUUGGAUGGACGAAGAUUUAUGGUCAACGAUGAUAAAUACGUCGUUAAAGUAUGCGUACGAGUACUUGGGUAACACAUCUAGAUUGGUCAUAACACCGUUGACCGAUAGAUGUUAUCGAACGCUGUUUAGCGCGCUAAGCUUACAUCUUGGCGGCGCGCCCGAAGGUCCGGCGGGAACUGGAAAAACCGAAACUACUAAGGACUUAGCUAAGGCUGUAGCAAAGCAAUGCGUUGUAUUCAAUUGCUCGGAAGGUCUCGAUUACAUCGCUCUGGGUAAAUUUUUUAAGGGAUUAGCAAGUACUGGAGCGUGGUCUUGUUUCGAUGAAUUUAAUCGGAUAGAUCUCGAAGUGUUAUCAGUAGUGGCUCAACAGAUUCUAACGAUUCAACGAGCUAUUAACGCUGGAUUGACCAAGCUAGAUUUCGAAAAUACCGAAAUCAAAUUGGAUCCUACUUGUGCUGUUUUCAUUACAAUGAAUCCUGGCUAUGCUGGAAGAACUGAACUUCCCGAUAAUUUAAAAGCCCUGUUUCGUCCAGUAGCAAUGAUGGUGCCAGAUUACGCUCUGAUAGCUGAAAAUACAUUGUACUCGUAUGGAUUUUAUGAGGCACGACCGCUUUCAAUAAAGAUCGUAACAGCUUAUAGGCUAUGCUCGGAACAACUGUCGAGUCAAAAUCAUUACGAUUAUGGGAUGAGGGCAGUAAAAUCUGUUCUGAUAGCUGCUGGCAAUUUAAAAAUAAGAUAUCCAGAAGAAAAUGAGAAUAUUUUAAUAUUGCGUAGCAUCAAAGACGUGAAUUUGCCUAAAUUUCUUGGCGAAGACUUGCCAUUAUUCAACGGUAUCAUGUCGGAUCUCUUUCCUGGUAUUGAACUUCCAGAGCCAGACUAUACCGACUUGAAUACAUGUAUUUAUGAUGCUUGCUCGGCUUCGAAUUUACAAUGUAACGCCUGGUUUUUGGAAAAAAUACAACAAAUAUACGAGAUGAUGAUCAUUCGACAUGGAUUUAUGAUUGUUGGCUUUCCAUUUGCUGGAAAGACAGCAGCGUAUAAUGUUCUGGCUAACGCGUUAAAACUUUGCGAAGAACGAAACCUGAUAAACGAACAUAAAGUAGAAAUGUUUGUAAUGAAUCCUAAAGCUGUUACAUUGGGUCAGUUAUAUGGGCAAUUCGAUCCGAUAUCUCGCGAAUGGUCCGAUGGUGUUUUGGCCAUCAGUUAUCGUGCUUUUGCAACAUCGACCAACGAAAAUCGCAAGUGGUUGAUUUUUGAUGGACCGAUAGACGCGGUAUGGAUCGAAAGUAUGAACACUGUACUGGACGAUAACAAGAAACUUUGUUUAAUGAGUGGAGAAAUUAUUCAACUAGCACCGUAUACAAAUUUGAUAUUCGAAACGAUGGAUUUAGAACAUGCUUCACCUGCCACAGUUUCUCGCUGUGGAAUGAUUUACAUGGAACCAGACGCACUUGGUUGGAAUCUUGUGCUUAAAUCUUGGAUAGCUGAUACCCCGCCUGUGAUAAAUACGUGGUUAAAAAACUUUCUGUAUGAGUCGUUAUUUCAAAGAUUUUGUGACCCUAUAAUUCACUGGUCACACUAUGAAUAUGUUCAGAAAAUUUGUCCAAUGCCGGAUACAAAUCUUGUGCGUUCAUUGACGUAUCUAAUGGAUUGUUUUCUCGAUGAAUAUCGCGACGUGAAAGUUGCCAAAGAUAUCGACGAAUUGGAUCUACGAGCACAACUCGAGGGUUCAUUUUUCUUUUCGUGUAUCUGGGGACUAGGAGGUACACUGAAUGUAAAGUCGAGAGAGCAAUUCAGCGUUCUCUUUCGUGGCUUUCUCGAAAGAAAUUUUCCUUUAGAUUUAGUGGAAAUAUUCGGGUUGCCGAAACCAAUAGAACCACCUUUAAAACCAUAUAUAUUUGUUAUGCCACGAGAUGGUCUUGUCUUUGAUUACAGAUUUAUUAAAGAGGGCAAAGGAAAAUGGAAACUAUGGUCCGAUGAAUUGCUUGACACUCCACCGAUUCCUCGUGACAUUCCUGUGAAUCAAAUAAUAGUACCUACCAUCGAGACGAUACGAUACACAGCCCUAUUUCGUUUGUUAGUGGCUAACGGGAAACCAGUGCUAUUCGUAGGCCCUACUGGAACUGGAAAGUCGGUCUAUACCAUUGAUUUUUUAUUAAAGAAAAAUAAUCCUGCAGUGAAUAAACCAUUAAUCAUAAAUUUCUCCGCACAAACUACGGCGAAUCAAACCCAAGAUACGAUUAUGGAAAAACUGGAUAGACGACGCAAAGGUGUUUACGGAGCGCCUAUAGGUAAACGGUGGAUCAUUUUUGUCGAUGAUCUUUCAAUGCCAAUGAAAGAAAUUUACGGAGCACAACCUCCGAUCGAAUUGUUACGUCAAUGGCUAGAUCACGGAGAAUGGUUCGACAGAAAAGAGAAAAGUAUGAUAAAAUUGAUCGAUGUUCAUCUAAUGUGUGCUAUGGCUCCGCCAUAUCGUGGUGGAAGAGACGUUACACCUCGAUUUAAAAGACACUUUGUCGUUUUAACGAUAUCGGAAUUCGAAGACGAAGUAAUGACUAUGAUAUUUAGUAAAAUCGUUCUCUGGCAUCUUGAUACAAGAGGAUUCAGUAAAGAGUUUGAUCCAUGCAUCGAUGAAAUCGUUCUUGGCACGUUGGAUAUAUAUAAGGAGAGUCUCUCGAAUCUUUUACCAACGCCGGCCAAAUGUCAUUAUGUCUUUAAUCUUCGCGACUUCUCCAAAGUGAUACAGGGUGUUCUGUUAUCCGUCCCAGAAACUAUGCCAAGCUUAGUCAACAUGAGAAGACUCUGGGUUCAUGAGGCACUACGAGUUUUUGGAGAUCGUUUGAUAGACCAAGAAGAUAUCUCUUGGCUAGUGAAGCAAAUACGCCUUACUUUGAACAGUCGAAUGAACGUGUUAAUGGAAGAAUUGUUUGAGGACCUUUUACCCUCGCAGAAGGGAAAAAUCUUGAAUGACGAAUCACAAUCACAAGCAAUAAUCACCGAGCAAGAACUUCGGAAUUUAGUGUAUUGCGACUUCGGGGAUACAAAAAUAGAUACGCGACUGUAUCAAGAGGUUUCAAAUCUCGAGCAAUUACGAGAAAUAGUAGAAACUUAUUUGGCUGAAUACAAUGCAAUGUCUAGAAAGCCGAUGAACUUGGUGUUAUUCCGGUUUGCUAUUGAACAUUUGGCACGAAUUUCCCGUAUUAUCAAACAACCACGAAGUCACGCGCUUCUCGUCGGAGUCGGGGGUACAGGAAGGCAAUCGUUGACCAGGCUAGCCUCGCAUAUAUGCGACUACGAUGUUUUUCAAAUUGAAGUUACUCAGCAAUAUGGAACUCAUGCAUGGCACGAAGAUAUAAAAGGAAUACUGAAACGUGCGACUGCCACCGAUCUUCAUUCCACUUUCCUCUUUUCCGACACUCAAAUUAAACACGAGAACUUCCUCGAAGACAUUAGCAAUCUGCUUAAUUCUGGAGAGAUACCGAAUAUAUUUACUGCCGAAGAACUGGCAGAAAUAUGUGAACAGAUGAGGAAAAUAGACAGACAGCGGGACCGAGCAGUGCAAACGGAUGGAAGCGCAGUAGCUUUGUUUAAUCUCUUUGUCCAGAUAACUCGUGAUCAACUUCACAUCGUGAUAAUGAUGUCUCCGAUUGGAAGUAAUUUUCGCAAUCGGAUUAGGAAAUUUCCGGCAUUGGUGAACUGUUGCGCCAUUGAUUGGCUCCAGCCGUGGCCAGAGGAUGCUUUGUUGGCGGUUGCAACUAAAUUUCUGUCGACGAUCGAAUUGACGGAUGACGAAAGAACCGCCGGUAUUGACAUGUGUCAAUUCUUUCACGUUUCCACGCAAAAUACAAGCGCAGAGUUCUUGAUUCGACUGGGUAGACACGUUUACGUCACUCCAAUUUCAUACCUUGAAAUGAUAAAUACAUUUAAAGAUCUGUUGACAAGAAAACGAGAAGAAAUAAUGAUGGCAAAAAUUCGAUAUGAACGUGGUUUGGGCCAGUUAGAUGAAACGCAAAAACAAGUAGUAACGAUGCAAGAGAUUCUUAAAUCGUUGCAACCGCAACUAAUAACUGCCACCCAAGAUGUCGAAAGAAUGUUGCAGGAAGUUGAUCGAGAAAGACAAGAAGUGGCGGAAUUUGAGAAAAUUGUGAAAAUCGACGAAAGUGCAGCUGAGAUUUAUGCGAACGAAGCAGCUGCAAUUAAAGCAGAAUGCGAUGCUGAUUUAAGUGAAGCGAUGCCGAUUCUGAAACGUGCUCAAGCCGCAUUAGACACUUUGACGACAGCUGACAUCGCCAUAGUAAGAGCGAUGAAGAAACCACCGCAAGGAGUGAGAUUGAUCGUCGAAAGCGUCUGUGUACUCAAGCAAAUAAAACCAGAGAGAGUUCAACAACCUGACGGCACAUACGUCGAGGAUUAUUGGAGGGCAGCUCUUAGAAUGUUGAGCGACGUAAAAUUCCUCGAUUCGUUACUGAAUUUUGACAAAGAUAAUAUUCCUGAUGCGGUGAUUGAGAAAAUUCGAAAGGAAUACUUGACUAAUCCGGAUUUCAAUCCUGAGAAGAUAAAGAAAGUGUCAGCAGCAUGCGAGGGAUUGUGUCGAUGGGUAUACGCAAUGUCAGAAUAUGAUAAAGUAUCGAAAGUAGUUGCUCCGAAAAAGAAAGCUCUGGCAGAAGCUCAGGAGGUUUACAACGAAGCUAUGAAUAAUUUAAAAGCAAAACGAGAACAACUUCGACAAGUACAGGAAAGGUUGAAAACGUUGGAAAAUCUUUUGGAACAAAGAAAAAUGGCUUUUCAAGCAAUGUCCGACAAAGUGGCAGACUGCGAAAUUAAGCUAAAACGUGCCGAAGACUUGAUCGGAGGACUGGGUGGAGAAUACACGCGUUGGUCCGAUACAGCGAAAUCUUUAGGAGAAAGAUAUCAGCGAUUAAUGGGUGAUGUUGUGAUUGCCUCGGGCGUAAUCGCGUACCUAGCUCCAUUCACAAUGCCGUUUCGUCUUCGACAAAUUGCUUUAUGGGUAAAACGAUGUACCGAUUUACAAGUAAUUUGUAGUUCAGACUUUCAAUUACGUGAUAUUCUUGGAGACCCAGUAUUAAUCAGGUCUUGGAAUAUUUUCGGACUUCCGAACGAUGCAUUUUCGAUCGACAACAGUAUUAUCAUCAAAAAUGCAAGAAGGUGGCCACUUAUAAUAGAUCCUCAAGGUCAAGCCAACAGGUGGAUAAAAAACAUGGAAAAACAAAAUAACGUGAAUAUUAUUCGGCUAACUCAGCCAGAUUACGGCCGAGUGUUGGAAAACGCGUUGCAACUUGGAUUACCGGUACUUCUCGAACAUGUUGACGAAGAAUUGGACGCAAUGCUCGAACCGAUUUUACUUAAAGAAACAUUCAAGCAAGCUGGUGUGCUCUGUAUAAAAUUUGGUGACGCAAUUAUCGAGUACAAUAGUAAUUUUAGACUGUACAUUACCACAAGAUUAAGAAAUCCACAUUACUUACCAGAGAUAGCGGUCAAAGUAACGUUGCUAAAUUUUAUGAUAACACCAACCGGAUUGGAAGACCAAUUAUUGGGCAUUGUUGUAGCAAAGGAAAGACCAGAUCUGGAAUCAGAAAAGAAUGUUUUGAUUGUGCAGGGAGCUGCAAACAAAAGGCUGUUGCGAGAAACAGAGGACAAAAUCUUGGAAAUAUUAUCGAUUGCCGAGGGUAACAUUCUGGAGGACGAAGAAGCGAUAGAUAUCUUAACAUCGUCUAAAAAUUUGAGCGACGAAAUUCAAGUGAAACAAACAGUAGCUGAACAAACAGAAAAAUCAAUCGACGAAGCCAGAUUGCAGUACACGUCUAUCGCCGUGUAUUCGACCAUAUUGUUUUUUACCACUGCCGUCUUGGUAAAUAUCGAUCCCAUGUAUCAGUAUUCAUUGUCAUGGUUUGUAAAUUUGUUUGAACUGACCAUUGAUCAUACGGAACCAGCGGAGACGGUCGAACAACGAUUAAAAGAUCUUAUGAAAUAUUUCACGUAUUCCCUGUACGCGAACAUUUGUAGAUCUUUAUUCGAGAAGGACAAGUUACUGUUUUCUUUGUUACUGACGGUCAAUUUGCUUAAACAACGAGGGCAACUUUCUCCAUCGCAUUGGAUAUUUUUGUUGACGGGUGGAAUCGGUAUCGAUAAUCCAUACGUAAAUCCGACAGCAUGGCUACCGAUUAAACAGUGGAACGAACUAUGUAAUCUUGACGAGGUGCAAGAGUUUUCAGGUAUUCGAGAAGCAUUUACUAAUAAUAUCGUCGAAUGGAAACGAUUAUUCGACUCGAAGGAACCACAAACCGAAGCCAUCCCUUCGCCGUUUCAACAUUUGGAUCUAUUUAAAAAAAUGUUGAUACUAAGAUGCAUUCGUCCCGAUAAAAUUCUCCCAGCGGCACAAAGUUUCGUUGAGGCGGAACUUGGUUCGCAAUUUAUCGAACCGCCACCGUUCGACUUGGCUUCCACUUAUGCCGAUUCAAAUUGCUGCAUUCCACUGAUAUUUAUAUUGACACCCGGUACUGAUCCAGCGCAAUUACUACUCACGUUUGCGGAUGAACAAGGCUAUAGCGUCAACCGCUUUUUCUCUAUUUCUCUUGGUCAAGGACAAGGACCAAUUGCCGAGGAAAUAAUUCAAACCGCUGUGAUAGUUGGUAACUGGGUUGUUUUGCAAAACUGUCACUUGGCUGUCAGUUGGAUGAGUACGUUGGAAAAAAUUUGCGAAGGUCUGAUGCCCGAUACGAUUCACCCAGAGUUUCGCCUUUGGUUAACAAGCUACCCGUCCGAACACUUUCCUACCUCGGUUCUAGAGAACAGUAUAAAGAUGACAAAUGAACCACCAAAAGGUUUAAGGGCUAAUAUCAUUAGAUCGUACGCCAAUGAUCCGAUUAGUGAUCCGGAUUUUUUCGAAUCUUGCUCUCAAACUGAAAACUUCAAGAAGCUUCUUUAUUCGUUGUGUUUUUUCCAUGCUGUGAUCCAGGAAAGACGACAAUUUGGCUCGAUCGGUUGGAACAUUAGAUACGAAUUUAACGAGACCGAUCUUCGAAUCAGCGUUUUACAAUUACAUGCUUUUCUUGAUCAGUUUGAAGAUGUGAAAUUCGAUGCUCUCAAGUAUUUGACUGGAGAAUGCAACUACGGUGGAAGAGUUACAGAUAAUUGGGAUCGCAGAACUUUAAAUACUAUUCUGUCGAAAUUUUAUUGCGAAGAAUCACUUGCCAAGAAAUAUUAUUAUUUCGAUGAUACUUCGACGAUUUAUUAUUGCCCAAACGUACGAGAACACGAAGCGUUCGUUGAAUACACCAAAAAUUUACCCUUAAUCACGGAACCGAGUGUUUUUGGGAUGAACGAAAAUGCGGAUAUUAUCAAGGAUCAGCGUGAAACGAACUUUUUAUUUUCGUCGCUUCUGUUAACUCAGGAUCGUGUGGAUCUCUGGCAAUUGAGACAGGAGAGAAUCGAGUCUCCAACUGGACAAUUCACGAACGAUGAGAUAGUACUUAGAAUGUCAAAUGAUAUUUUAGAAAAAUUGCCAGAUGACUAUGACCUUGUGUCGGCACUUAAAAAAUACCCAAUGUCUUACGAACAGAGUAUGAAUACUGUGUUAAUACAAGAAAUGGGAAGAUUUAACAAACUUCUCAGCUAUAUUAAAGCCAGUUUGGAAAAUGUUAUACGAGCUAUUAAAGGUAUUGUCGUCAUGUCAUUUGAAUUAGAAGAUAUCUAUGAUGCUAUUUUAAUGAACAAGAUACCUGCUUUAUGGCAACAAUAUUCGUACCCAUCGCUAAAGCCGCUUGGUAGUUACGUACACGAUUUAUUAAAUCGUUUAAAUUUCUUUAAAGAAUGGUAUGAAAAGGGAGCACCGAACAUUUAUUGGAUCUCAGGGUUCUACUUUACUCAAGCAUUCCUCACAGGGACCAGGCAAAAUUAUGCGAGAAAAUAUCAAAUACCUAUAGACCUUUUAAUUUUUGACUUCUUUGUAUUAGAUUCUGAUACAAUAUCCAUACAACAUCCUCCCGAGGAUGGAGUUUAUAUACACGGAUUAUUUUUAGAUGGAGCUAGAUUUAAUACGGAACAAAUGAUUUUAGACGAAAGUUUGCCAAAAGUACUUUAUGAACCUAUGCUUCCUAUGUGGUUGUUACCCAUGAAAAAAGAAGAUAUAAAAGAAAGAGUAACAUACGAAUGUCCUGUAUAUAAAACUAGCGAAAGACGAGGAGUAUUAUCAACCACUGGACAUUCAACAAAUUUUGUUAUCGCUAUAACUUUACCUACAUUGAAAUCACAAGAACAUUGGGUUAUGAGAGGAGUCGCACUGCUUUGUCAGCUCUCUGAAUAAAAACUAUUUUUUCAUUUCUUUCUCUUAAAUUCAUCUUUAAAACACAUCAAUCAAUUAAAUUUCUAAUUA